AUGCCUCAGAACGAGUAUAUCGAGAGAUGGACCAAACAGCAUGGUAAACGUCUGGACCACGAUGAGCGAGUCCGAAAGAGAGAGGCUCGAGAGGGCCAUGCUCAAUCCGACAAGGCACAGAAUCUCCGUGGUCUGCGAGCAAAAUUACACCAGAAGAAGAGACAUGCCGAGAAGAUCCAGAUGAAAAAGGCCAUCAAGGCACAAGAAGAGAAAGAUGUCAAGUCCGCCGCUCCCAGCGAGCCUUCAUCUCAACCACUGCCCAGUUAUCUCCUCGACCGUUCUCAAGCCAACAAUGCCAAAGCACUCUCCAGCGCCAUCAAGAAUAAGAGAGCCGAGAAAGCCGCCAAAUUCUCUGUUCCCUUACCCAAGGUGAAAGGCAUUAGCGAAGAAGAGAUGUUCAAGGUGGUCAAGACCGGCAAGAAAACAGCAAAGAAGAGCUGGAAGAGAAUGAUUACCCAACCCACCUUUGUGGGCCCAGAUUUCACCAGACGACCCGUCAAAUACGAACGCUUCAUUCGGCCUAUGGGUCUCAGAUACAAGAAGGCCAAUGUCACGCAUCCCGAACUGGGCGUUACCGUCCAACUGCCCAUUAUAAGUGUCAAGAAGAACCCACAGAAUCCCCUCUACACACAGCUAGGAGUUCUCACCAAAGGCACAGUCAUCGAAGUCAACGUUUCAGAAUUAGGUCUCGUCACCACUGGUGGCAAGGUUGUAUGGGGCAAAUACGCACAAGUUACGAAUGACCCAAGUCGAGACGGCUGUUUGAAUGCUGUCCUCCUGGUGUGA